AGCAAGAAUACUGGAUCGAAGACCCAAUCCCAGUCCACCUCCCCACACGCGCACGCACAUCCACACCCUCCUCCGCCCUCCCGCUCCGCCAUGAAAAAACGGCCGUCGCCCAUCUCCGUCUCCGUUCCUUCUCUCUCCCCACACCCUCACGACGACCGAGAGCAAGACCGAGAACAAGACCACUCAGACCGAACACUAACCUCCACCCCGGCCUCGUCCUCCCUCUCCGGCUCGCUCACGACGCUCGAGAGCGUCAUGUCCGGUACGACCGCGACGUCGUAUACGUUUCCUGGUUCUGGGACGCCUACUACACCUACCACCUCACUCGAUGGUACCGUCAAACAGGCGGGCUUGGUCGGGAAACUGGGACUUUCGAGGUUUUUGGGUGUUAGGGGUGGCGCGGGUGGUGCGGGUGGCGCGGGUAGGAUGGGAAUGAGCGCGUUAGAAGAAAUGAGGGCGAGGGACGGGAAGAGGGGGGAUAGGAAUGGGAGUGAGGGAAGUUUGAGCGUUGGGGGGGUUAGUCAAUCGCCUUCGCCUUCGACGAUGACUAGUGCUAGUACGAGCACGGGGGUGAGGAAGGCUGUGAGGUUCCAUUUCGUGGAUGUGCAGGGGGGAGAGGUGGGUGGGAGAGGUGGGUGUGGAGACGUGAUUUAUGGUUAGGCGGGGGAACUGGGGAAGGGAAAUAAAGUGAGUGUAGGUUUGUUCUGUUUUGUUUGUGUGUAUGAUCAUCGCGAUACCCGGUUCUCCGUUUGCUGCCUGUUGUACAUCUGCCAUCAUCUUCUCAUCUUCUCAUUUUUGGUUGUUUGUUUGGUUGUUUCGCUCGCUCGUUUUCGCUUUUGGUUUUCGAUUUUUCGGAUGAACUCGACCUGCUUGCUUAUUCGCGAGUUUCACCUCCUCUCCCGUUCUUUUUCGUGCUUUUCGUGCUUUUUUUUUUUUUGGUUGGUUGGCUGGUUUCUAGCUUCACAUUCUCUCACAGUAUUGACCUACGCGCACGCCUGCAUGUCACGAUCGAACUGUUAACGUUAACGUUAGGUUGAUGUUUAUGUUGUUCGUCGGUUUUUGCGUCUCUUCGCAUCUUCGCCGCACUUGCAUUUUUGCAUCCUCCAUGUUUGCACAUCUUCGCAUUCUUACGCACUUACAUCUUUUCGCAUUUCUUCGCAUUCUUCGCACGUUCUACAGUCUACAGUCUAAAGUCUACACUUCC